CUUUUCGUGGGUUGGAAAGAACAAAUGGGAAGGUGACACGCCAGAUUUAACUUUGUUUAUACGCUUGCUGAAACCUGGCAAACGAAACCCUUUGUUUAUGAAUGUUUGGGGGUGUGAAAAAACCUAAGAGAUUGAGAUUGGGAUGUGUUCAGUCAGUCCAUGAAGUGUGUUGCUGAGAUAGCGAAGUUUUAGUUGCAAGCCGUUUGAGGGUUGUUUUGAUUUUUCUUUUCUUCUCCUCAAUCUGCAUUGGAUCAUAUCUCCUUUUGUUCUGAUUUAAGUGUGGGAUCUCGUUUUGGAAACUUUCGAUUGAACUAUUGCGGCUUUGGUUUGGUUUGGUUUAUUGAUUUAUGAGGAAAAGAAUGGCAAUCUGAUUUUAGUUCAUAUCAGUGUUGAUUUGGGAUGGCUGCUACUGGGUGGGAUGAUGAGUGCUCUGUCAUUGGAGACAAAGGUGAAAUUGGGUUUAUUGAUUUUGAGAAUGAUGCAUCCGUGUGUGAUUACAACCCGAGUGAAGAAGGUCCAGUUGUUGUUUCUGUCCCAUUUGCCUUCAAAGGGAAGCCUAAAUCAAUAUUCGUGGGGGAAACUGCUACUGACUGUGUAACCUUAGAGAACACCACUAGUGAACCUGUGGAACUCUGGGCAGUAAGAAUUUUUGCAUCCACUCCUGAGGAUUCAUUCACAGUUUCUUUAAUGGAACCACCAUCAGCAGGUGUAGACAUCAAAUACAUUCAAGAAUUUCUGGAGUCUUUUUGCUUGGAAGACAGAGUGCUUCAGCCCGGGGAAACUUUGACUGUGUGGGUAUCUUGCAAGCCAAAGGAAAUUGGCCUGCACACAUCGGUUGUGCACUUUGAUUUGGGGUCAGACAGGAUAGAGCGGGUGAUUUUCCUUUUGGCUGAAGAUAGGGUUUCACAAUCUUUGGCCCCAAACAAGCCAUAUUCAAGAGGCUCAAGAAAGAAGGUGUUUAAUGUGCAGGAAUAUGUUGUGGGUUCACGACCUGCAAGACCGAAUGCCCGAAGUUUCAGAUAUAGGCUUCCUCAAUAUGUAAUUCCAAAUGAUGUUAGAGAAUUAGUGGAGGGUAAGCAGAUCCCUGAUACCAUCUUAGAAGGCCUAACAAGAGACAAUUAUGAAUCUUACUUCAAAACUUUACUGAUCAUGGAAGAAAUUCGCAUGGAGGAAGACAUGAGGAGCUAUGACAUGGAGCGUGUGACUAUGAGGAGGAAGGGGACGCAAUUCUUGACCCUUGAGGUCCCUGGCCUGGCUGAGAAAAGACCUUCACUUGUUCAUGGGGAUUACAUUUUUGCCAAGCUUGCCUAUGAAGAUGAAAAUGAUUCGAGUCCUCCAUAUCAGGGUUUCAUCCAUCGUGUUGAGGCUGAACAGGUGUACUUGGGUUUUGCCAGAGAAUUCAUCUGGCAUCAUACGGAUGAAAGUCUCUACAAUGUAAGGUUCACUUACAAUCGAGUGAAUAUGAGAAGAUUAUAUCAGGCUAUAGACUCUGCAAAAGGGUUAGAGAUGGAUCUCCUCUUUCCUUCUGAUUCUAGAAGGAGACUGAUCAAAGCAACUCACAUGGUCCCUAUAUCUUUUAAUCUCAAUGAGGAGCAGAUUUUUUCAAUUAAAAUGAUACUUGGCUGCAGAGGGGCACCACCUUAUGUGAUCCAUGGCCCUCCAGGUACAGGAAAGACUAAGACAUUGGUGGAAGCAAUCCUCCAGCUCUAUUUGACUCAAAAGAAUACUCGCAUUCUAGUCUGUGCACCUUCAAAUAGUGCUGCAGACCACUUAUUAGAACGACUCCUUGCUGAGAAGGCUGUGGAAGUACAAGGGAAUGAGAUAUUCAGACUAAAUGCAACUUCUCGCCCUUAUGAGGAUAUGAAUCCUGACUUCAUUCGUUUUUGCUUCUCUGAAGACUUGAUCUUCAAGUGUCCUCCACUCAAUGACCUCAAGCGCUAUAGGAUAAUUAUUUCAACUUACAUGAGUGCCGCUCUCCUUUAUGCAGAAGGUGUCAAGCGGAGCCACUUCUCUCACAUUUUAUUGGAUGAGGCUGGCCAAGCUUCUGAGCCAGAAACGAUGAUUCCUCUAUCCCACCUUUGCCAGAGGAAAACAGUUGUUGUUCUUGCUGGAGACCCAAUGCAACUGGGUCCUGUAAUUUACUCCAAAGAUGCAGAGACCUACUGCUUGGGAAAAUCAUACUUGGAGAGGCUUUUUGAAUGUGAGUUUUACCACAAGGAGGAUGAAAACUAUGUAACCAAAUUGGUUAGAAACUACCGAUGUCACCCAGAAAUCCUACAUCUUCCCUCACAGCUGUUUUAUAAAGGGGAACUGAUCCCGUGCAAAGAUGAUAAAAGUUCCUCCAUGACUUGGGCUGAAAUCCUUCCUAACAAGGACUUUCCUGUUCUUUUCAUUGGCGUCCAAGGCUAUGAUGAAAGGGAAGGAAGCAACCCAUCGUGGUUUAAUAGGACUGAGGCAAGUAAGGUGGUGGAGAUCAUUAAGAAGCUUACUAUAAGCCAGGAUCUGAGAGAGGAAGAUAUUGGGGUAAUAACACCAUAUAGGCAGCAGGUACUCAAAUUAAAGAAGGCCCUGGAAGGUGUUGACAUGCCUGCUAUCAAGGUUGGCAGUGUUGAGCAAUUUCAAGGACAAGAGAGGGAAGUUAUUAUUAUAUCUACCGUCCGAUCAACUAUUAAACACAAUGAGUUUGACAAAAACCACUGUUUGGGAUUUUUGAGCAAUCCCAGAAGGUUUAAUGUGGCUAUUACCCGAGCUAAAUCAUUGCUUAUUAUUAUUGGAAAUCCACACAUUAUCAGCAAGGAUUUAUAUUGGAACAAGAUUUUAUGGCAUUGCUCAGACAAUGACUCCUACCAGGGCUGUGCUCUUCCUGAGAGGCAGGAUUUUGUUGACAAGGAACCUGUGCAGUUCAGCUUCAACCAUGAAGAAGAGAACCCUCAACCCUCCAAUGAAGUUGAAAGGGGUGAAGAGCCCUUUCAAGCAGAAGAGAUCCCUAAACCUGUCAAGGAUGAAGCUGAAUGGUCUGAUGGUUGGAAGUAAACUCACCCAUCACAGGGAGCAACAUGUGAAGGGUUUUUUUUUUUGUUUCUUUUGAAACUGAUUAUAUGUCUUUGUAUUUAUUUCCAUUAAAGAGGUGAUGUAACUGUCAGUGAAACAGCAUUUGGGGUGAUUUAUACAGGGGGAUCUUUCUCUCA